GGUGAUGAUGUCAUUAAGGUCUUUAUAUACGGUAAAGUUGGGAAUCGGUCGGACACUGCGGAGUCAGAACUCAGAGAUACUUCCAAACUCAUCCGAAACUCAUCCGAGGCCAUGGCUGAUUUUGACGCUGUGCUGAAGGUCUGGGGGGCCGUGGAGGCCGAUUUCACCGGAUACGGCGGGGAGGUCCUGAGCCGUCUGUUUCUGGAGUAUCCUGAAACCCAGAAGCUCUUCCCUAAGUUCGUGGGAAUCCCCCGCGGGGAGGUGGUCGGUAACGCUGCCAUCGCAGCUCACGGCGUGACUGUGCUGAAGAAGCUGGGAGAGCUGCUGAAGGCCAAGGGUAACCACGCCAGCAUCCUCAAACCCCUGGCCACAACCCACGCCAACCAGCACAAGAUCGGCCUCAACAACUUCAAGCUGAUCACUGAGAUCCUGGCGAAGGUUCUGGGGGAGAAGGCAGGUCUUGACGGUGCCGGUCAGGACUCUCUGAGGAAGGUGCUCGGCAUCGUCAUUAACGACAUCGACGGCUACUACAAGGAGCUGGGCUUCGCUGGAUAAACGACCUCCGACCCCUCGCGCCCCUAACUCCACACGGGCCGAGCGGGAGAGAGAGCUGGCGCGAGAGCGAGCGUUUAUAUAGACUAUGGGAGCACUCUAUAAUCUAAGCACUUAUCGUUACUACUACUGUCUUUUACCAGCAUGGGUUCACGAUUAAGGUGGACUCGGCUGCCUUAGAGCAUGCAGAUUAACUGUGGAACACUACGCAGAAUCAACUUCCGCCUUAACGAUCACAUCAGCAGCCACGGCCACGCCCCAAAGACCAAGCUCGUUCUGAGGCUAUUUACUGAAAUAAUCACUGAAAUCGUUAAACUCAUUAGGCCUGCAUGUGUUACUAUUAAAGCGCUGAUUAUUUCUCGGAGUUUCGCGGUUUUGCGUAACUGUGUAAAGUGUGUGUAAAGAGUGGAGACGGUGUCAGCGGUGGAGGUGAAUGGAGAUGUUUCUGAAUGUUUCUGAAGGUCAAGCUACGUCAAAACACAAAACACUGGUCCUGUUAGGGUCUCAGGAUGGCCAAAAUAAUGGAAACACGCAUUACGACCAAUUAAAUUCUUCACUCACACCAACUUUUACCUCUUGUUAAGGGCUACUAGAACAUUUAAUCAAAGUUUAAUCAAAGUUAAUCACUGCCAAUGAAAGAAUUGCAAUGAAACCUGAUGGAAAUAAAAAUCGAUGAAUAAAUUUGGCUCAGGUCCGUGUGAUAGUUGUCUGCUGUCCUGCAAGUGUCUUCAUUAUCUGUAACUUUGCUUUAGAGAGCUAAUGGCUUUGUUUGAUUUUUUUUCCCGAAAAUUAAUCACCGUUCAUUAAUAAAACUCUCUUUCUGCUAAAGAAA